AGGCUCUCCGGCUCAGAAGGCGGGGGCGGUGGUAACACCGCACGCCUUGCGAGUUUUUUUUUCGGCCCCAAUGCCGAUUCCGCCGCGCGAAGCCUUUUACCCUUCUGCCAAGCAGAUGGGCGAGGCAUCCGCGUUGCAGGCUCCGAGCGAUCUUCCGCAUGUGGCUGCGAAGAUGCUUGGUGAGAUGGAGCAGCUCGAUGGUGUAGACACUGCCAACAGGCCCCUCCCGCCGCCAAUGGACAUGCCGCGGAUGGUUAGCGACUUGUCGGAGCCCAUUUCGGGCAUGCCAGACUGCAAGGAUGAGAUGCUGGAAGCCACGGAGAAAGUGGAUCGGUUCGCCAAGGUGCACUUCCGCGCCAUGGUCUUCAUCAAGUUCCUGGGGCUUCUCGCCUUGGCCUCCCUGCUGGCGGUGGAGUGGGUCUCGGAGGUGCGGACCAGAGAGGCGGAGCGCGUGACUGAGCUGUCCGGCCUGGGUGAGGACGUGCAAUUGUACGACCUGGUUCUGACCAGCAGCGCGCGGUUCCUCGUGCUCACCGGGGAUGUGACGCACCGGGAUAUGUACUGGUCCAAGGUGGAGCCUUUGGAGCACGCCCUGAACGAGAUCAAGUUGAAGGCGCCCGAGAUCUCGGCGGAGUUUGACGGGUUGACGGUGGAGGCCAAUGACAAGCUCAUUGCGCUGGAGGACCAGGCCUUCCAGUUGGCUUCCAGCGGCAACCUCUCCGCUGCCCGCGAGCUCAUGUUCGGUGCGGAGUACAAGAGCAACAAGGAUCAUCUGCUGCAUGGUCUGAGUGUUUUGGAUGGCCUUCUGGAAGAGUCUCGGCAGAGCCAGCGGCGGACGCAAGAAUGGUGGACCUACUUGAGCACUGUAUUGGUCUUGGUGGCCUUCUGCUCCGAGCUGCUCUUGGUUGUGCUGGUGCAUCGUCUGGAUCGGCGCUUGGAGCUGCUCUCGAUUUCCGCGGAUGUGCAAAAAAGCAGGUACGAGCUCCAGAUGCGGAAAGGUCUGCUGACAACGGCGCAGGCGACGCUGAGCAUUGUGAAGAUGAAGGUGGACCAGAGCAUGUUGAGGAGCUUAACCGUGCCCCACUUUAGCGACGACCACCAGCCCCGCUUGCUCAUGCGGCGAAGGCUCUACGUGCUGUCCAUGAUGGCGGAAGGUUUGGCCCUCUGCGGCUUUGCCAUCCCAGCCACGCUCACGCUGAUCGCUUUGAACUCGGUGUCCCAGACACAACCCAUUCAGCAGCUCAUCUUGCACGCCAAGGCGACGGAGUACUACGACUUGGCGCUCACCUCCAGCGCCCAGCUGUGUGUCCUCACCGGGGAUGGCAACUGGUCCAAGGCCUACGACGACUUUGUGGCGCCCAUGGAUGCCACUCUGCUGGGCCUCUCCGAGGUGGCGCCGCAGAUCGCGGCGGACUUCGCCAGCAGCACCGCGGCGGCCAACACCGCCCUCAUCGACAUGGAGACGCUGGCGCUGAGCACUUGCGUUACUGCGCCCGAGCAGGGCAGGGCCCUGCUCUUCAGCCCGGAAUACACCGGAAACAAGACCUUGCUCUUGAGUGGCAUUUCCACCAUCACCUCUGCAGCUGAGACAGCCUUGGCGAACCUCCAGGAUUCGCAGGAGGAGCACGAGAACACCGCACGCAUCCUGCUGAUCGUCAGCACCUUUCUCAUCGUCGCCGCGGACCUCUGCACCGUGGUCAUCGCUGCCUGGAUGGAGGCCUUGUCCGUGAGCGUCCAGGAGGGUGAUGGCAUCGAGACGGAGCGGAGAUUCGUAGACAACCUGCUGAAGUUGAUUCAGGUGACCUGGAGCAUGGAAAAGGAGGAAGCCAGGCGGUUAGAUGCGUCUCGAUCUUUGCCCGUACAAGACAUCGAGGAGGAAACGCGCUGCGAUGCUGAAGAAGGAUUUCAUUAUUGUUCCGCAUAGUCAACCGUCACGCUGAGCUUGCCUGCCGGAUUGGCAGAUUGCCAACUAGAUCGAAUUGGUUUUGAAGUUCCCUCGAUGAAAUCGGGGCGAACAGUGCAUUCUUGCCCCAUUGGGCUCUUUUCAGCACAAGGUCGAAACCAAGGGGGAUG